UAUUAUUUCCUUUGAUUGGUCAGGUGACGUCGUACUCGUAUGUCGAUGGACUUGGAAAUCUUGAGAAAUUAACCUAACAAAAUCUUAGCUCAUUUAAGCAAUUAUUAUUCCCAAAAUGGUUAGCCUGGACCAUGACAGUACAAGGCAAGGGGGGGUUUUCUUUGACGGUGAGGGUGGUCCCUCUUCGGCAGAGUUUCAGAACGAUGAUGAGGAAUUGAUCCCAAGUAACGGGCUGGCGUCGGAAGAAUCCCCAAAGUUUCGUCCAAUCAGAGCAAUUUGGGCAGCUAUCAUUCAGAUGAUCAUUCUGGUAGCCCAUGAGGUCAUCUCCCUUCUAAUGCCAUACACCAUCCUGAAACAGACGCAGGACCCCCAGCAGAAGAAGCAGUCGCAAAGCUUCAUCAUCAUCAUCUACCUUCAGACCUCCGUUUGGCUCCUCCUCCUCAUGUUCGAGCGCUAUCUUCACUUCGCUCAUCGGCGAUCCAUGAGGCACGGCUACCUCCAGUUCUAUCGCAAGACGCAGAAGCUGAAAAGGGCUCCUCUCUAUUUGGUAUCAAUCGGUAAUGCAGCCAUCUUAGUCCUGAGUGGUUUAUUCAUGGAUAACUCUACAGCUACUAAUCUCUGGCCAGUCAUGUACGUACAGAUCAUCGUAACACUAGAGGUGAUUCUAGCCCUAGCCAGCCUGCUCAGAUACACAGUACUUGUGUAUCACUUCAACCAGAGAAGAGCUUUACCGGACGUUGAACAGGAAGAGUUCAAUGCAUCUAUUACACAACCUUCAACAACCAUUCCUGAUAUUGGGUAUAGGGAUAUGGGCUACUUGGAGAACCUCCUGGAGCGGCAAGCAGACAUGAUCCACUAUCUCAAACUACACACUGCGUAUCUAAGUAAGAAGAUUCUACGUCUAACCAAACUUACACAUCCGUCUGGUGGGAAUUCACUCAACAGUAUGCAAGCCUAGAUGUGUUCACACCACGAGUCUGUUAGCUAGUUGGAUUUAAAGUGUCCAGUACACUUGUCUGUGGGAAAUGCUCUCUAAAGCGUGCAAGCCCAGGUGUGUUCACACUGUCAAGAGACAAUAUCUGCUAGAUUUAAUUACAGGUAGGCCCACACAUAUAUCUGGUGGGAAUGCACGUAACAGGAAUCAACCUUAGGUGUGUUUACACCAUCAAGACUGUUUUGAUGUGAUAUCGGAUAUUUUGACUUACAUGUGUAAACCCCUCUUUAUUGUGGGAAUGCACUAAACAGCAUUCAAACCUAGUUGUGUUCACAUCACGAAGACCGUGAUAUGUACCGGUAGGAACGCAGUGGAUGUGUUAUGUUUAGUAUGGAAGGUAUAGCCCUUCUGAGUAGAGACAGAAACUAAUCUCAUAUACAUGUACCUAUAGCAGUUUGUUGCAUCAGCCCCCCUUGUAUGAAAUGCAAGUGUGCUAUUUAAUAGUCUUACAGCUUGCCAUGCAUCACGUUUCAUGUGAAUAUGAACAGCCACGACAUCAGCUUCUGGAAGACAGUUGCAUUAACCUGUUGACUACUGCAAUCUCUCUUUCUCAUAGGUUUAAUACAGGGGCCACCCGGUCCCAGUAGACAAUGGGUUAAAGAGGGCGUGAGAAAUGCAAUAAUCCUCAUCAAAUUGGACACAAUGAUAUGUUUCUUUUAUCGCUAAAUUAUUCAAAUGAUAUGUGAUAUCUCUGAAAACACGAGCGAGAAUGAUCUUGAAAAUUAACCAUUGCCAAAUUUAAUAGAAAAACAAUGACUUUAAAUCUUAAAACGUGUUGCCAAUUUAAGGAUUGUAAAGGUUAUUUUCCUUUUCAACACUCCUAGCAUUAAACACAGUACAGUCAUGGAAUUAAAAUUAAUGCAAGGUGUGUAGCAAUUUGUGCUCUUUCUUCUCGUGCAUCAGGCAAAUUUUUUAGGGCUCUAAAUCGGAAGUUAUUGAGCCAAACCACAAAAUGUGGGAUGAUUGUCACAAAAGGGUUAAAACAAAGACUCCUUUGUAGGAUUGUUAUUCACCUCAACUACUUGUGUAAUUGUUAGU